CGCCGGUGCCCUCCCCCCACAGGCCCGCCCACCGCGCAGUGCCAGGGGGCGGGACGGUGACCGCGUCUGGAGGGGUGGGGGUGCGGUGACCUCAUCGCGGUGACUCGGGGCUUCUAGCAGAGGUCCAGGGGCCUGGGAUGGACAGCCGUGUUCAGGCAGUCAGGGCUAUUUUUAUCCGGGCCCUCCUCCCACGCCCAUCCUUUCGCUGGGGACUCAAGUGCACCAGGCAGCGCUGAGAAGAGGGCCGAUAUUUUGGUGUUCUUCCGGAGUGCAGGGCUUAUUCAGGGAUCCAACGCCCCAAUAGGCCUGGGCUUUGGUACCUGGUUGGGACGCCCACAGUAGCAGGGGUCUGCUAGUAUUUUAUGUUUGUUUUUUGAAGCAGUAUCUUGUUUUGUAGUCCAUGCUGACCUCGAGCUGGCCAAUGAACUUCCUGCCUUUGUCUCCCCAAGUAUGGGAUUAUAGAUGUGGGCCACUAUGCCCAGUGGCAAGGGUGUGUUUGUGCCCCCUUCAAUAAUGGACCUUGUAUUUGCGGCUAGUUGAGGGUUGGAGGUCUCCCUGGCAACCAGCUCGGGAGUGAAGGUCUGGGCUUUCCUCAACUCUGAAGGUGGGGUUAGUCUGCCUUCGAAGCCCAGGGGUGAAGAAGGUGUCUUCCUAUUCCCCACCCGCGGUGGAAGUCAUUGCUUUUCCCCCUGGGCAGCAGCUGUUGCAAUUUGGUGGGGGAGGGGUGGGGCAGUGGGAGUGGCCUAACUCCCUCCCUGGCUGGGACUGUCCAGAACUGCCUCCUCCUGCCCCACCCUAGCCCCGACCAAAAUACCGUGUCUGGCUGGUCCUCUCUGCCUCUAGCUCUAGUGUGGACCCUGGAUGCAGUUCGGUCCAGUCAAGGAGGGGUGGCAGCCCCUGGCAAGGCCAGCCUUGUGACCUGUGAUCUGUGACCUGUCCUGGCUUCUGUAGCCUAGGAUCCUGGAGAACUUCCACCCACCUGCCCUGAGUCCCGGCUGGGUGUGUCGGGGCCAAGUCAGACCAGGAUGGGUGAGUUCAACGAGAAGACAACCUGUGGCACAGUCUGCCUCAAGUACUUGCUGUUCAUCUUCAACUGCUGCUUCUGGCUGGCUGGCCUGGCUGUCAUGGCAGUGGGCAUCUGGACGCUGGCCCUCAAGAGUGACUACAUCAGCCUGCUGGCCUCAAGCACCUACCUGGCCACUGCCUAUAUCUUGGUGGUGGCUGGUGCUGUUGUCAUGGUAACUGGGGUCCUGGGCUGUUGUGCCACCUUCAAGGAGCGGCGGAACUUGCUGCGCUUGUACUUCAUCCUGCUCCUCAUCAUCUUCCUGCUGGAGGUCAUUGCAGGCGUCCUGGCCUAUGUCUACUAUCAGCAGCUGAACACAGAGCUUAAGGAGAACCUAAAGGACACCAUGAUCAAGCAAUACCACCAGCCGGACCAUGAGGGUGUGACCAGUGCAGUGGACAAGCUGCAGCAGGAGUUUCACUGCUGUGGCAGCAACAGCUCGCAGGACUGGCAGGACAGCGAGUGGAUCCGCUCUGGCCAGGCGGGCAAGCGUGUGGUUCCUGACAGCUGCUGCAAGACUGUGGUGCCUGACUGUGGGCGGCGGGAUCAUGCCUCCAACAUCUACAAGGUGGAGGGCGGCUGCAUCACCAAGCUGGAAACGUUCAUCCAGAACCACCUGAGGGUCAUUGGGGCUGUGGGCAUCGGCAUUGCCUGCGUGCAGGUCUUCGGCAUGAUCUUCACUUGCUGCUUGUACCGGAGCCUCAAGUUGGAACACUACUGAGCCCCAGGGUCUGGCCCACCUACCACCAUGUCUGACUGAACUGAGACUACUGAUGUCAGGGUGACAGCUCCGUGUGUGCCUGUGCUCCCCUGGAGAGGCCUUGGAGAUGGCUGUGCCUUUCACUGUAUCUUAAAGACCCGAGGCCAUUCCCACCGCAGCUCUGUCCCCAGGGGCCAGUGUGCCUAUACCUGGGGACUCAGAACCCAGGCCUGGCCAGUCAGUAGUGGCUGGGCUCUGACAAUCAGUGCCCCUCCCAGGAACCUCCUCUGAUAUGGGGCUUUGGUACUGCGUGGCAUUUCAGAGGCAGGAGGGGGCCACUUCCUGUGCCUGCCUUGCUCACAGAGCUUUGUAUUCUCAUUUCACUGGGGGACAGCUCUCUGGCCUUCUCAUGAGGCUAUGCUCCCUAAUGGCCAGAACCCUGGCUUUGUUUCCCCACUUAAUUUUGUUUUGUUUGCCCCUAUGGCUCAUAACAUCAUGUCUUUUGCACUGACCAGUGUCACUGCGCUGUCUCCCUAUCAGUGUCCCCGUGGGGACAGGGGAUAUGAUUUUGCCCUCUUGCUGUUGCUCACGUGCCCACAGUUACUCCUGUCUAAUAACAGGCGCUCAAUAAACAUUUGUUGCAACA